AUGGCAAAGACAACAAAAGAAAAUCUCUGCAAAGAAUUCUUAAAUGUUACUCAUGUUGCAACAACCACGGACUGUUGGAAAUCCAGCGCAAAGUCCUAUAUUGGUGUGACAGCGCACUGGUUCGGCAAAGAUCUUAAAAGGCAGUCGGCAGCUCUGGCUUGUAGACGCCUUCGUGGCAGCCAUUCGCAUGCUUUGUUGGCAAAUUCUCUUAACGAAAUUCAUUCAGAAUAUGGCAUUCGUUCAAAG